AUGCACUGUGGAGAUAUAGAAACUAUUAAAGAACGCGUAUAUAUACCACAACUGCUUUAUAGUGCGAAUGAUGGUCUGUCAACUGAUUUAUCCACGGUUGGAUUUCAUUGUUCAAAAUAUGCACCGCAUGAGGUAGAUAAACUGACGAAACGUCGUUACGACCAAACUAAUGCUAAUGUGAAAAAUUGUCUGUCAGCUAUUGAAGAAGCUAUGCUGAUCUGUAGAGAUAAUAUAAAUGCCAGACAUCGACGUUACGGUGAAGAUUUACAGCAAGAUAAUGUUGAAUUACAACUUAUCAAGGAACUAGAUGUUUUAAACAAAUGCAUCGAGCUGUACAAGAAGGCUAUAAAACAAUCUAAAAAUCAAAUAAAACGCAACCGAGAUGCUAAACAAGACUUGGAAAUGGUAUGGAGUGACAAAUUUGAAACUAGUCAGUUAUUGAGUACAGCUGGUCAUUUGAGUCUAUAUGCCAUGAAUAAACAACUCUAUGCUGGUGAAACAAGACGAUAUCCAUUGGCGGUUCAGUCAAAAGUUGAAUCGGAGGCUCAGCACACAUAUCAGGCUAUACUUAGAUCACAGCAUGAAAUGAUGGCAACUGAUGAGUUAUCAACUGUACUAUCCAAUCUUAUUUUUGAUAUCACCACAGAUAUUACCCAACAGAAGGAUACAGUCAAUGCUGCAUUUCAAAAUCACUUAAUUUGCCUUGAAUCACAAUUAGCCGACUAUACAAAAAGAUUGAAUGAAAACUUGCAUGAAAUCGUACAAAUGGAGAAUAGUAUCAAAGAAUUACAUCGGGCUUUAGCUGAAAAGCAUAAUAAUAUCAAACUAGUUCAAACGCGUCUGCACUUGCACAACCAACGACCAGGAAUGGAAAAUGCAUGUGACCCACCACAACAAUCGAUGCUCGAUGAAUUAGCUACAAUACAACAAACUGUAGAGAAUCUACACGAUCAAUUAGUUGCAUCAGAAAACAAACUAAAAAACUUAAAAGAUGAUCAAAUGAUACUAGAAAAGCAGAUUCAAUGA